AUAAAAUAUAAUAGUUACUAGGACACGAUUGUCAUCUUUUGUUGUGUGCUUGUGUGCGCUCUCCUUCUUUCUUCAUCCAUUGAUCUUCUUUAUAUAAACUUACUAUCUUUCUCCUUUUCCCAUUCUUUCUAUCAUUUCUUCUUUCUCUCUCGGGAUCUAAAUAUCUCUUUUCAGUAACCUAUUCCCGAGGAGAACUGUCAAAUCUUGUCCAUUCUACUUUCAGGGAUCCUUCGAUCUCUCACUCUAUAGUUUUGUGCUGAAGUGUUCAAACUUCUGUAACAACAACAUACAAUAGCCGAAAACAUAAAAUUUUGUAGGAGUUGUUGAAAAGGUCUCUGCUGAAUUAUCUUGUAUCUAGAGUUUCUUCAGGUUAUUAAUUGAUCACGAAGAAGAAAGGAUGAAUUCAUUUUCUCAUGUUCCUCCGGGUUUUAGAUUCCACCCAACAGACGAAGAACUUGUAGACUACUACCUAAGAAAAAAAGUUGCAUCAAACAAAAUAGAAAUUGAUUUCAUAAAGGACAUUGAUCUUUACAAGAUUGAGCCAUGGGAUCUUCAAGAGUUGUGCAAAAUUGGACAUGAAGAGCAGAGUGAUUGGUACUUCUUUAGCCAUAAAGACAAGAAAUAUCCCACAGGGACUCGAACCAAUAGAGCAACAAAAGUAGGGUUUUGGAAAGCCACUGGAAGAGAUAAGGCUAUAUACUUGAGGCAUAGUCUUAUUGGCAUGAGGAAAACACUUGUGUUUUACAAGGGAAGAGCCCCAAAUGGACAAAAAUCCGAUUGGAUCAUGCAUGAAUACCGCUUAGAAACCAAUGAAAAUGGAACCCCUCAGGAAGAAGGAUGGGUCGUGUGUAGGGUUUUCAAGAAGAGAUUGGUUGCAGUUAGACGAAUGGGAGAUUACGAUUCAUCGCCCUCACAUUGGUAUAGCGACCAGCUCUCUUUUAUGGCCUCUGAGCUCGAGAAAAACGGUCCACGGCGUAUCCUCCCCAAUCAUCAUCAGCAGCAGCAGUUUCCAUAUGGCCUCAAUGCAUCUGCUUACACUCACAAUAAUCCUAACUUGCAAUGCAAACAAGAGCUAGAGCUACAAUACAACCACCUGGUACAACAACAUGAUCUCUUUCAUGAAUCCCCUUUAUCAUUAAUCCAACUUCCUCAGCUUGAAAGCCCUAAUAUCCAACAAGAUAGUACUAAUAACAACUCUCUUCCUUACGGAACAAGCGACAACGAUAAUAACUCGAGUGAGAUUGCUAACUUGCAGCACUCAAAUCUCGCACAUGAAGAGCAAAUGAAUCAAGGUAGUCAGAGUUUCAGCUCUCUAUACAUGAAUAGCGGAAACGAGCAAGGGAUGGACCAAGUCACAGACUGGAGAGUUCUUGAUAAAUUUGUUGCUUCUCAGCUAAGCAACGAGGAGGCCGCCGCAGCUUCUGCCUCUCUACAGAACAAUGCCAAGGACACAAGCAACGUGGAGUACCAAGUUGAUGAAGAAGAAGAUCAGAAAAGGGUUUCAGACAUGGGAGAAGAAUAUGCUGCUUCUACUUCUUCGAGUUGUCAUAUUGAUCUAUGGAAGUAA